AGCAGCUCAGCUGAGCGCUAAUGACAGUUUGACAGUUUCUAUUCAUUCGUACAGUGCAUUUCAUGCAGAGUGUAUAUGGUUCAUAGGAUAGUGAUUUUUUCUUGUAAUAAUUUUUUUUAGCGUAGAAUUAGAAGCCAAAUAUAAUGGCAGAUGUUAGAGCUCUAGAGCACCCUACUUUAAAGGUGCCGUAUGAGGUGCUGAAUAAGAAAUUUCGUAUUGCCCAAAAAACUUUAGAUAGAGAAAUGAGUCAUGUCCAAUCAGCAGCAGCAGAGUUGGAGAAAAAUUUGUCAAUAAAAAACGCUGGGGAAAUAUCGAAAUUAAUAGGGGGUGUCGUGGAGAAACUUCAAGUUUUGAAGAGAAAAGCUGAGGAGAGCAUUUCUGAAGAGAUACAGGCUGGAUAUGUUUGUAAACGAAGACUUGAACAUCUAAAACAACAUGUUGCUCCAAACCCUGUUUUCAGCCCUGAAGUAUCGCAGGCUGCUAUGAACCAUUGGCGUCACAUUCGUUUGGAUCGAAUGCUGAUAGAGCAUUUUUUGCACCAUGGUUAUUACGAAUCCGCUGAGAAAUUAGCAACCACUACCAAUUUGCGUGACUUGACCAACGUCGAUAUAUUCCGAAUGUCUCGUGAAGUCGAACAAGACCUGGCCAAACAUCGCACGGCCAAAUGCGCAGCCUGGUGUGCUGAUAAUAAAUCGAAAUUAAGAAAACUUAAUUCCACGAUGGAAUUCAAGCUGCGCGUUCAGGAAUUCGUGGAGCUGAUUAAAGCGGAUCGACGCUUAGACGCCGUCAAAUUCGCGAGAAAGCAAUUCCCAGCGUACGAAAAGGAUCAGCUUUGCGAAAUCGGGCAUUGUAUGGCUCUGUUAGCCUUUCCCGUAACGACAACUUUAGAACCAUAUAGAUCUCUUUUCGAUCCGAGUCGUUGGACAGAUCUAGUUAUUCAAUUUAGACAUGAAAAUUAUCGUCUUUAUCAGUUGGGUAGUCAAUCAGUUCUAGCAGUAGCUUUACAGGUCGGUUUAUCCGCAUUGAAAACGCCACAAUGUUAUUCAAUAACUGCUCGUAAUUACCGUUGCCCUGUUUGUCAGGGACCAUUAAAUCAGUUAGCAAUGGGCCUUCCUUAUGCGCAUUGCGCACAAUCUCGACUUGUUUGCCGAAUUACUGGUCAGCCACUAAAUGAACAUAAUCUUCCUAUGAUGCUGCCAAAUGGUCAAGUCUAUGGAGAAAAGGCAAUUAAAGAUAUAGCGGAUCAAAGUAAUGGUGUUAUAAUGUGCCCUACAACACAGCAAGUGUAUGGUAUUAAACACAUUGAAAAAGUUUUUGUGAUGUAAAAUUAUGCUAUUGUUUCAUAGCAUAUAGCCAUAUUUUGAGAAACAAUCUCAGCGGGGUAUAAUAUCUAUGUAUAAUAAAAAAAAACAAUGUGACUUAUUUUAGCAAUAGCACAUAUGUUUCAUGUUGUUGAAUCGUACUUUAAGUUUAAUGACUAUGAGAAAUCGAUAUAAAUUUAUUUUAUUUUAAAUAUUAUUC